GAAAUCCAACGCGGAGAACAGAGAGAGAGAGAGAGAGAGAACAGAGAACGAGUGUCUCUGAAGGAAAGAAACCUCUCUCCUCUCCGAACCCACCAAAUUUAUUUUAUUUCUUUUUCGGGUGAUUGAAUUUCUGGGGUUGGUGUCGAGAAUGGAGCAUAGGGUUGCAGGAACGUCAAGCGACGGCGGCGUUGUGGGGAAAUCAAAGCCAUUGCCGGCGGCCAAGUUUCCUUUGACGUUUUGGGAGAUGACGGUGGCGUGCGGCGUCGUUUUGGGCUUCGUGGUAGGGCUCGUUUCCGUCUAUCUCACCAUGCCCCCAUCUGAUUACAGCUUCCUCAAGCUUCCCCGUACUCUCCAAGAUCUCCAAAUCCUCAGAGAUCACCUUGAGAGCUACACAAGUGACUACACAAUACAAGUCCUCUUGGGGUACUGCAUGGUCUACAUUUUCAUGCAGACUUUUAUGAUACCAGGGACCGUUUUCAUGUCAUUGCUUGCUGGAGCCCUUUUUGGAAUCUUUAAAGGUUUAGCACUGGUUGUGUUUAAUGCUACUGCUGGUGCUUCAUCAUGCUAUUUCCUGUCCAAAUUGAUCGGACGGCCCCUAGUCUUUUCUCUCUGGCCAGACAAGCUCGUAUUCUUCCAAAAACAGGUAGCUAAAAGAAGGGCACGGCUGCUGAACUAUAUGCUUUUCCUAAGAGUGACCCCUACCUUGCCUAAUACAUUUAUUAAUGUUGCUUCACCAAUAGUUGAUGUGCCCUACCAUACUUUCUUGCUUGCAACCUUCAUCGGGCUCAUUCCUGCUGCUUACGUCACUGUUCGGGCUGGUUUAGCUCUUGGUGAGCUGCAAUCAGUUGGUGACCUUUAUGACUUCCAUUCAAUAGCUACUUUGUUUCUCAUCGGGGUGGUAUCAGUCACUCCGACGUUGAUGACCAAGACCAAAGAGCACUGAAAUUUAAUGAAGAGACUAAGGGGGACAACUCUGUGGAUCACUGCAUUUCUGUACAGAAUGGCAUCAACAAAAGUGCAACGAGAAGUUUCACUUCAGCCAAUAGAUUCUUUACUGUUAAAAGCUGAAAAGAUCCAGUUGGUACGGAGGUGGUGUUGUGUCUCAAAUGGAUCCCUAUUCAUUGUAUUCUUCUGAGAACCAGAACCAAAACCAAAAGGCAAAAGGGUUAAACCCUUGUAUGAUACUAUCCUCAAUGUGUCCAAUUAUCCAAGCAAUGCAUUAUGAUUCAUGUGCCAACA